AUUCAACAGCCGGCCUUGGAUGCGCAAAUUGACGUGUUGGGAUACUUAACUCGCCGUCAAAUGGAUCAAUGAGUAACAAAUUGUUUUCUAUACGCCCUCAUCAUGCCCGAAAGCGCCCCGCAAGAACCUCCGGAGCAUGUCUCUUCUGUUCUAAGCUCCUUGAACAAGGCUCAAUAUGAGGCUGUCACUUCGACUGCGAAGACUGUUGCUAUCUUGGCUGGUCCAGGAAGUGGCAAAACACACACCCUCACGUCACGAGUCGUCUGGCUUAUUCGUGAAGCAGGCUACUCGCCAUCCAAUGUGAUCAUUGCCACUUUCACGGUCAAAGCCGCCCGCGAAAUGCGUGAGCGUGUUGGUAGAGCUCUUGGAGAAGAGUGCCAGAAGAAACUAGUUCUGGGCACGUUCCAUUCAAUUGCUCGACGCUAUCUCGUAAGCUACGGGAAACGCAUAGGCCUUGAUCCUAAAUUUGGCAUCGCCGAUGACACAGAUUCCAAAGCCAUCCUCACGAGAAUAUGCAAAAGACUUAAGGUGUCAAUAGAUGCAUCGUACGCUCGCUCCUGGAUAAGCAAGAGAAAGUCUAAAGGUCUUUCUAUAGCUCCUAGGCCAGAGGACAAAAAGAACCCCCAAUUCAGCACCCUUACAACGAUUUACAACGAUUACCAAGAACAGCUGGAACGGUCCAAUUUGCUCGACUACGACGACCUCCUUAUAAAAUGUGUUGAACUUCUGCGAAGCCAUCCGACCUGUGUUAACAAUGUCGAAGCGGUACUCAUCGACGAAUACCAAGACACAAACGGCAUUCAAUACCAGCUAAUGAAACUCCUUGCACAAGCGAAGGAACGCAUCACUAUUGUAGGGGACCCGGAUCAGAGUAUUUAUGGAUGGCGGUCAGCGGAAAUCCAAAACCUCCACCGUCUGUUGAAAGACUACCCCGAGACGGACGGAGUAUCUCUCGAAGAGAACUACAGAUCUUCCCAAGCCAUUCUCGCUGCAUCGCUUGACGUUAUUCAACAGGACAAGGCUCGCUACCAAAAGGUUCUGCUCCCAGUUCACGCCAAGGGUACUACCCCUGUCAUGCGCACGCUGCAAUAUGGUGCUGGUGAAGGCGAAUGGAUAGUGGAUGAGAUUCAACGGGUGGUGAAAAUGACUGGUGGAAUGAUACAGAACAAGGAUAUUGCUAUCUUGGUCCGUUCGGCCUUUCUGUCUCGAAAUGUUGAAUCGGCGCUGGGCAAGGCCGGCGUUCAAUAUCGAAUGAUUGGAGGCCACAAGUUCUAUGAGCGAAAGGAGAUCAAGCACUUGGUGGACUAUUUGCGUGUCGUACACCAACCACAUAACAAUGAUGUUCUUGCUAGAAUUAUAAACGUUCCACGCCGCGGCGUCGGAGAGAAGACAAUCAAAUCCUUGCUUGAUGAGGCGGAACUGGGGAAACUGAGUCUCUGGUCUCUUAUCACCAAACAUUGCUACAACGAACGACGCGCUACAACCAACAUUCGACCAGCAAUAGAAAAGAAGAUUAGUGGCGAAUUUCUGCGGAUCAUUACGACGUUACAGAGUAGAGCUGGAGUCAAAGGUGAUGGACCAGGGCCAUUGGUCGAGCUCAUCAGCCAGCUCAUCAAUCUUUUGAAUUUCGAGAGCUUCUUAAAACAAGAGCACCCCGAUGACCAUGAACAACGAUGGCUCAACGUACAGGAGUUUGUGAACCUAGCUACAGACUUUGUGCGGGACUUUGAGAAGCUAGACGAAGGCGAUCUCCCUGAUAUUGAGGACCUUGAGCAGAACACCGAUGUCGACAUCCUUGGAAAGUUUUUGGCCAAUAUUGCAUUGGCAUCUGACGCACAAAAAGACGAUGCAAAUGCCGACUCAUCCUCAGUUGUGACAAUAUCAACGAUUCAUGCAGCCAAAGGCCUUGAGUGGCCUGUUGUAUUCAUCCCCGCAGUAUAUGACGGCUCGAUUCCGCACUCGAGAUCAGAAGAUCAUGAUGAAGAACGGCGACUGCUUUAUGUCGCCAUGACUAGAGCAAAGGCAUUUUUAUACCUCAGCUAUCCUCUUAUGGGAUCUCAAGGCAACGGCAACGUCGAACUUUCACCAUUUGUGGCACCAUUUGCCGACACCUCGUUAGCAAACAAAGGUCCGUCUUUUAAUAGAAAGGUCAUAGAAGAUGCUGCCAAAAUCCUCGGUCGAACUGCGCCCUCGGAAGAGGCCAUUUUCGAAGGACUUCCGGAACUAUUUGCUACGGAAGAUGACCGGGUGCCUAUUCAUCCGACAGACUCUAAAUCUGGCGGGUAUGAGACAUGGCAAAGGCCAUCUAAGAGGAAGGCGAUGGACGGCGGGUUAGGAGAUCAAAAGGGCGAAAAGAGAUCAUUGAUCAGCGGCCAACGAUCGACGAUGCAAAAUGCUGCAAACUUCACUAUGCCGUCGGUAAUGCCUGGAUUCAUGUCGGCUGGUGUGCAUCAAACCGCAUUGACGGCUGAGGCAGAGCGCGUGGCAAAGCAGGAGGCCGCGCAGAAGCAGGAACAGAAAGCUGCCGCGCGAAGAGGUGUAGGCCAGCAAACGAUUCGAGGGUUCUUUACAAAGGAGAACAGCUAUGAUAAUGGAACGGAUGCACAUCCCCAGCCAACUAUAUACAAUACCAAUGCAUCGUUGCCUGCCCCAUCAGCAACACACCAGCAUCUCCCACGGCAUAACCAGAGCCAGUACUACCAGCCUCAGUACAGCCAACCACAGCACGUCCAGCCUCAAUUCAGCCGUGGUUAUAAGCCACCGACCAUUCAUAAUGCUCUCAAAGACCACAGAUUGGCUAAUGGCCAACCUGUGGCCCAGGCAAACAGCAUGUCUCUGGCUCGAGAACAUCCUGUGAAGCACUAUGCCAACUUUUCCAGCUCCCCACAACGACUGCCGAGCUCGCCUCCAGCACCGCCAGCACCACCCGUGAUCCAAGCAACUAGCUAUCAUACGACAACCUUUCAAAGCUUAAAGCCUGGAGUGGGCGUUCGUCGGCCAGCGGCUAUGGGCCCUGCGCCAACUAUGGAUAAGCUGAGGAAGCCGUUUAAGCCGUUGACCAUUAAUCGCCGGAAGCAGUAACGACCAGCCGUGGUUAAACAAGGAUAAACAAUAUCGAAAAGAAUUACGCCUAUACAUAAUUUGUAUUAUAUCUUUAUAUGAAUAUACCCAAAAAGUUUUACGUUUUGC